UUUUUGCUAUUCACAUGCAGAUUUAUUUCAAAUAUAACAUUUUGCACUGUUUAAGUGUUUAAUUACCUUCUAAUAAGACAAUGACGCAAUCAUACCCAUUGGAAUAUCCGAGGACGUUUAGCCCUUCGAUCGGCUUCUGAUUAGAACACGUCUGUUAGGGACCACGGGCUGAGAGCAACGCGAAAAAGACGGCGGGGUAGUGCGGUGUGGCCGGCAGCUGGGGAGGAUCUUUCGUAUAGGAUAGGAUUUCUUGGACGGCCGCGCGUCCUGCGAUGAGGAAGCGCGCCACUGACGGAAUGGCGAAGGACGCGGCGCCGGCGCCGGCCGAGCACCCCGGCGGCGGCCUGACCGGCGACCUGGCCAAUAUCUGCCUGCUGCUGUUGCUGUACGUGCUGCAGGGCAUCCCGCUGGGCCUGGCCGCCGCCAUCCCGAUGAUGCUGCAGAACCGCGGCGUCACCUACUCCGAGCAGGCCGAGUUCAGCUUCGUCUACUGGCCGUUCAGCUUGAAGCUGCUCUGGGCGCCGGUGGUGGACGCCUGCUACGUGGGCCGCUUCGGCCGACGCAAGUCGUGGCUGGUGCCCGUGCAGUACGUGAUCGGGGCGUUCAUGAUAAUGCUGUCUGGCCGCGCCGAGAGCCUGAUCGGCGGCGCCGACGAGCGGCCCAACGUGGCGCUGCUCACGGCCGUUUUCUUCUCGCUCAACUUCCUGGCGGCCACCCAGGACAUCGCCGUCGAUGGCUGGGCGUUGACCAUCCUGCAGAAGCGCAACCUCGGCCACGCCAGCACGUGUAACAGCGUCGGUCAGAGCGCCGGCUACUUUCUCGGCUUCGUCGUGUUCAUCGCGCUCGAGUCGGCCGAGUUCUGCAACAAGUACCUGCGCGCCGCGCCUCAGCCGCACGGCCUCGUCACGUUCUCUGGCUUCAUGCUGUUCUGGGGCGUGGUGUUCCUGCUGACCACCACAAUGGUGAUGCUGGUGAAGCGCGAGUCGCCGCUGAACCGGGACGGCACGCGCGACCCCGAGAUGAGCGUGACCCAGACGUACUCGCAGCUGGUGCGCAUCACGCGGCUCAAGCCCGUUCGCACGCUCAUUGCCAUACUGCUCACCGUCAAGGUGGGGUUCGCGGCCGCUGAUGCCGUGACCGGCCUGAAGCUGAUCGAGGCCGGCGUGCCCAAGGACCGACUGGCAUUGAUGGCCGUUCCCAUGAGCCCGCUGCAGAUCAUCCUGCCGCUGGCCAUCAGCAAGUACACUGCCGGGCCGCGGCCCAUGAGCCUCUUCCUCGGCGCCAUGCCCUGGAGGCUGCUCUUCGGUCUGGUGAUGGCCGGCCUGGUGUACGUGACGCCGUUGUUCCGGCUGGAGGACGCCUCGUUCCCGCUCAGCUACUACGGGCUCAUCCUGGCCGUGUUCGUGCUGCAUCAGGUCACGCUUUACUCUAUGUUCGUGUCGGUGAUGGCGUUCUUCGCCCGCAUCUCCGACCCGGCCAUGGGCGGCACGUACAUGACGCUGCUCAACACCGUCACCAACCUGGGUGGCAACUGGCCGGCCACGCUCAUGCUCUGGAUGGUGGACCGGCUGACCUGGAGGGCCUGCGCCGGCGGCGGCGGCGGCGGCGGCGGCGGCGGCGGCGGCGGUGGUGGAGGUGGCCCUUGCGGUAGUGACCAGGACUGCGGAGAGGGCGGCUCGUGCCUCGUUAGUAUGGACGGCUACUAUGUGGAGAGCGCCGCCUGCGUCUGUCUCGGCUUCCUCUGGCUGCUCUGGGGCCGUCGCCGCCUGCUCGCCCUGCAGGCGCUCGACAUGUCGGCCUGGAGGUGUCGGAAGGCCACCGUGUGACGUCAGCGCCGGUUAGGUUUGUGAUGACGCCUGACAUGUCGACCUGGCGGUGUCGGAAGGCCACCAUGUGACGUCGGCUGGCGGUGGGACUCAUCCCGCCGGCCCGCCGCCUCCAACACCAACACCGCAGCGCGGCGUGGGGGCUGGCUUUCAGCGUGGCAGCCCUGGCGUCGGUUGCGGGUCGGCGCCACCGCAGGCCAUGCGCCGAGCGGAGCCAACCCGUCCGUGAGUGCAGCACGAACGGGCCGGCCGGCGGUGCCACGCGGGAGCUCGGGGUGCAGUUGGGCCGUCGACCGAGCCCAGCGUUUCCCGCUCUUCCUGGCCCCGUCGGUCAGUGGAUAGGACCGCGAGGCGGUUGCGGGUGUCGUUUGUUCGUGAAGCGUUUGCUGUUUGAUUCCUGGUGCUCAGGAGUUGGUGGAGGCGUUAUUUUAGUAGCAACUGAUGCAUGUUGUGUUGCAUUCCAAGGGUUUACGCGCUGGUGAAAGCACUUUUUGAGGGAAAACGCACGGGCACCGCAACAGGUUUGUCUUGUUUUUGUCGUGGAGUGAUGCGUCCCACUACAGCACUGACAAUAUCAUUGGCUUCCUGGCGCCUCGUAUUGCAUAUAAUGUGCUCAAAGGAUAUGAUGCAUCACCUGCGAUCAGGGGAGGGGGCAGGUAGCUAAAGGAGUUUACUUUAUGACGAGCGCCCUACGCGCCCAACAAAUGUGCGUCGUAUUCGGCCUGUUCAGUGGGAUACUUUGUUCAUCCAUCUGCAAGACAAUGACGUCCUUCUCGCUCUGGAUAAGUGCAGUGCGUAAAGCUUUGUUUCCGUAAGACGUUUACAGAGUCGGGUCGAAGCGGGUAGUGACACAUUGACGCAAAUUCGUUGUCGUUGAUCGCGAUUUUAGGUCGUCGAUCGCGUUGAUCGCCUUCAAUUUCGUCGUGUUAGGGAAAGUGUUUACUAAUUUAUAGUCUUCCGGGCCCCCUGGACCGCGAGUUGUGAUGCUUGGUGUCGGAAGCGAGCAGGGACCACGUGCGUUGGACGCCACUUCGUGUCGGCGCGGCCACGAGCAGCUGCUGGUGCGGCCGGGCCACCCAGUGCACAUAUCUCAGCUCGUCGACCACCGCGGCCGCGGCCUCGCGACCCCAGCCGGGACAGCUAGUCCUUGGAACCUCGUUGAACGUUGGAACCUCGUUGAACGUGUCACUUUCGCACUACCCUCUGAACAAUGAGCGCUCCGAAGGGCGCAACAGCACCCGCAUCUUCCGUGGAUCUGUUCCGCUAAAACAGUGCUUACACAACGAUGUGUAUAUAAAUGAUGGCACACGAACAUGUUGGCGCAUAUGCACAUCGCACACACACACGUAUAAAAUGAUGACUAUGAGACGCUGUCGUGCGCAGCGAGGAAGAAAAACUCAAAGGAAGUCGCCGGUUCGACUGAAACUAGUCUAAUAAAACAUGUUAAAAUGCGCUUCUUAAAAUCUGAACAUCUCGGGGAUA